AUGCAUUUUUGUGCUACGCAUUCGCGUACUUCGAUGGUGCUUGUUAUUCGGUGGCAACGAAGAGCAUUCUCAUCACAAUUAAAAGCACACCUGAAAUGGCCUCGAGAGAACUCAUCGAUAAGCGUUCAUCUGAAGCAAUUAGAAGAGCACUGGCGUGAUGUCGCAUUAUCAGCACAUAGCAAGGGAUCUUCAUCCUCUAAAAAGUACAUAUUAUCGAUGUUUCCCUAUCCAUCUGGUAAUUUGCAUAUGGGACAUAUGCGUGUUUAUACGAUAUCAGAUGUUAUCGCACGAUAUUACAGGCUGAGUGGUUUCAACGUAAUUCAUCCAAUGGGAUGGGAUGCAUUUGGUCUCCCGGCCGAGAAUGCUGCUCGUGAUCGGGGCGUUGAUCCAGAGCAGUGGACAUUUAGUAAUAUCAAUACGAUGCGUGAACAGUUAAUGCGAACUGGAAUCGUUUUUGAUUGGGAUCGAGUGAAUUGGGAUCCAGUUGAUGGCACUGUACUAGCAGCUGAGCAAAUCGAUGAAAAUGGUCGUUCGUGGCGUUCGGGCGCUAUUGCUGAAAAACGAAAAUUGAAACAGUGGAUUGUGGAAACACCGAAGUAUGCAAAGAGACUUUUGAAUGGACUAAAGAAGAUGCCGCAUUGGCAAGAAGUGGCCGAAAUUCAAGCGAAUUGGAUCGGUAAAUGUGACGUUUUUCGUUUUCAGCUACCACUGAGGUCUGAAAAUGGUCAACUGCUUGAUGAAACACUAGAUUUGCGAAUUCGAGAGCCGCGUCAUCUCGCGAAUGCUCGUGUUAUUUUCAUUCGUAACGGACAUCCGUUGGUGCCUUCAAAUGUUGUCGAUUCACCGUAUCUUCUUACGAAGAGCGUAAUGAAUAUCGUCGACGGUCAACAAAUGCCGGUUAUUUAUUUGCCUAACGAAUCAUCUGCAUCUUCACAAAAUGAAUAUUUUCUGAAUGCUCGACUUGGUUGCGAAGAAAAUGAUUCAGACCUAAGAAUUGCACGUAGUUUUGGCGUUGAGCUGAAACCUACGAAGCGAUUUAAUUUCAACGAUAGCGAUGUGCUAGAAAUUGCUCAGUUUGGUAAAUACGGUGGGUACGAGACGAGUGAGAAGUUGCUGGAUUGGGUGGUGUCACGUCAGCGGCGAUGGGGAACACCGAUACCAGUGCUGCUAUCCGAAGACGACGAGCACGAGCUGGCGGUUCGAGUCGACGACCAUCAGUUACCUCUAUUGCCACUCAAGUCAACUGAACAGCGACAACGAAUGAAGUGUGAUCGUUUACCGAAUGGUUUCGGUGUUCGAGAAACGGAUACAUUAGACACAUUCUUUGAUUCGAGUUGGUAUUAUCUGAGAUAUCUUGAUCCGAUGAAUGCGCAACAACUUAUUAGUGCAGAGAAACUGAAGCAAAUGCCUGUUGAUGUUUAUGUAGGAGGCAUUGAACACGCCGCCGUGCAUAUGUUCUUCGCACGUUUCAUGUCGUAUUUUUUGAGUGAUAUCGGAGUUGUGAAUAUCAAUGAACCAUUCGAUCGUCUAUUACCACAAGGCGUUGUUCGAGGCAAAACAUUCGUGCGAGUCGAUAAUGGAAAAUAUGUGCCUGAGAAAGAUGUUAUCCAGAAAGGAACAGAUUUCGUUGAGAAGCGUGAUGCGGGUGAAGUAAUCGUACAGUAUGAGAAGAUGUCAAAAUCGAAACAUAAUGGUGUUGACCCACUACAAGUGUUGAAUCGUGAUGGAAUUGAUCUGACUCGGUUACAGUUACUUGAUUCUGCGGCACCACGUGCACCCAUUAAUUGGGGUGAUGCAGAUGUGAGAGGUCUUAGGAAAUGGUUAGAUCGUGUAUCGUGGAUCGUUAAUCAGUAUGUCAAGGAGCGUAGCAUUCACAGCUCAGAUGUUAUUCAGCAAGUGGAUCAUGUUACCGAAGAACGAUAUCGCGAGAUUUACAACUAUGCUGUUCGGAAUGUAACAAUGCUACUUGAAGUUCUACAUCUGCAUAAUACAGCAAUUGCUCGUUUGAUUGGUCUCACGAAUUCACUCAGAAAGGCUAAACCAUUUUUGUUCGGUAGCUGUGUUGAAGUGGAACGUUGUGUUCAUGCACUCAUUGUAAUGAUGCAAGUUUUCACGCCACAUACAGCUUCCGAACUUUGGUCUGCAGUCUGCUCGGUGCCAGCAAUUGAUGAAAAUAGACGACGCAAGUCAGUUAGUGUGGCCGAACAAGAUUGGCCAUUGGUUGAUGGAGAUGCUGAUAUUGAUUUUAUACUUCAAGUCUUACACAUGAGUUGUGGUCGAGUUGCGUGUCCUCGACAGUCAAUCGAACAUCUGAACGCCGAGCAAGUGCUUCGGAUGGCCGAAAACGAAUCUCACAAAUGGUUCCUAAGCAAGCUCGCCGACGCGGGUUAUCGACCACUGAAAUAUGAGUUGCAACGUCGCGACGGUUUGCAUGUCACAUUAGUAUUACAUUUUGACGAAUCGUUGAAAGAGGAUGAUAUCAGAAAAUUACUCAACGAAAUGAGCGCUCAUCGUAUCAAAUCGAAGAAAUCAUCCAAAAAGUCAUAUAAAACUAAAUCUGUCGAUAUGGGGCACUUCUGUGGGAAUUCGUUCGAUUUGGAUUGGAUGGCCACACCGUCAGUUGCAAUCGAACAUGAUGAAGAUGCUCAGUUGUGCUCAGAGGAGUUUGAUGCAGCAGUGUAUGUUCGUGAUCAAUUGAAGGGUGUGAAAAGUGGAGAUGAAGCCCAGCGUCUGCACACAUUACGUUCAAAAUUGCAUACACUCAAUGUUCAGUGUAGUGAUUCUAUAAAGAAAAAUGUUUUCCUCAAUUAUCAACAAUUUAUUGACACUUCCAAAGAAAUAUCACAUUUGGAGAGAGAAAUUUAUGAAUUGUCAUCGUUAUUAUGCGAUCAACGAUUACUUAUUGAGAAUUUAAUGCAAAUGAGCGGUGAAGAUCGUUCAUCGAUAUGUACUUCAUCUAGUGUGCACACAUCGAAUGCAACAAUCAAUCCGAUCAAUGUAUUAAUGCAAAAAAUGGAUGGAAUUGCUUCGAAGAAUUCGUUGCAUCUUCGUGAUCUCGUCAUAUUACAGGGUGUAUUGAAUAGUCUCAGCAAUUCAGAACGAGUCAUUCUUCACGGUGAAGUGAUGCAACUGGAUAUCGACAGUAAACAACCUCUUCAUCCUGCUAUGUUGGUACUACUCACCGAUAGAUUGCUCAUCGGUCAUCCAUCAACGGGUAAGUAUCGUUUCCAUCUGGAAUCAUCACAUCCAUUAAAUGCUCUCGCUGCAGUCAAUAUUAAAGAUCGUGACAGCGCUGAACCCGUCAAUACUGCAUUUAAACUCCUCAUCUUUCCCGAGCAAAGAGUAUUUCGUUGUGAGAGUAGUCGAAUGAAGAAGGAUUGGUUGGAUACAAUUGAAGAAGCGAAACGAGAAUUGCUACAUGAAGGAUCGUUAAUGCGACAGGCAACAAUUCGUGGUAAACGACGAAGUACUGAUGUACCGAACAGUCCAACAACGACCAAAUCAAAUUCGGCCGCAUCACUACUCGAUACCGUUCUCGAACAACCCAAAUCACCGGACGAAACGGCAUGGUUGAAUGAAUUACCAGCUGAAUUAGAUGAUUGCAUUGCGCAUCGAGAUAUGGAGCAAGCGGUGGAGUUAAUUAUGGAAUGGAAAAGUUGUUCAUCGCGUGACACGGCCAUUGAUGCACAACUGGCAUUGCGCGAAACACACAUUGUACAAUUAUUAAGUGAUGAGGUGCGUCGUCCAGGUGCACUUCAUGGCGGACCUCGAGCUGUUCGUAAAGCGAUCAAUUUAUUAACGACAUUAGGACGAGCCUCACAAGCGAUCGAUCUUUAUCUUAAGAAACGGAGCGCAGCGUUGCGAUCGAGCGCACGAGAGCUAACAGUUAGUGAAGAACCACUCUCAUAUGUGCGACAAUUGUCACAGCAGUUUUUGGGUGCAAUCGCUGAUGUCGCCACUGAGUUCACGAUGCAACCUGAGCAUUUUGCGUUGAUUUUACAUUGGUGUUCCGGUGAAUUAUCAGUCAUGUUAUCACUGAUUCGACGGCAUGUUAUUGAGGUUGCACCAACGAUGGCUGUUCUAGCCCAUACAUGGCGUAUUCUGAUGGCACACUGCGAGAGCUUGAUCGCAAUCGGCGCCGACUUAACGUUCGAAGUUCAUCGUCUAUUAGCGCCGUCAUUGAAAACUGCUCUUGAAACGAAUUUCGCGAAUAUCCUCGAGUCUAUCCGACUUCGUAUUUCGGAAGAGCGUUGGCGAGUAUACAAUAUGGAAAGUGAAUCGAAUGUUAAUCGUUUUUUAGAGGAGAUGUCCGAUAUGGGAUUGUGCAUUGAUUGGGCACUCUCACCGCAGCAUCAUUCUAGCAUAUACAUCACUCAGAACGCGUGUCAUUUCUCACGUGUUGCACACUCGCUGUGUCGUGAUCUUGCCGUGCUUAGGUAAUCAUCUCAUCUCCGUGCUCUUACGGAUUCGUUUAUGAUUCAGUUAUGGAAAGAAUAUUUGGAACAUUUAAGAAAUGCACCGAGUUCCUCUAUUCAACAGUAUACGUCAACUUUCGUAAUAUCUCAGCUUUUACCGUUAUGUGAUAACAUCUAUGAUGGUUCAACAUGCGGAUUAUUAUCGCAUUUGUUAAGAACGGAUUUUGAAGAGUUAUUGCGAUACCAUACAGAAGAGGAUACACAGGAUGGACCGUCCACAUCUGAUGAAGAAAUUGCUCAAGUGUGA